CCUCUCUCCUCAAUCGCAAGGCUGCGCUCACCGACUCGACACCGCCAACAGGGAUGCAGCGAGGGCGCAGCGCAGCCUGAAAAAUGGCACCACCACGCGUCCUGUGGAUCUAUCCAUCCCUCUCCCUCCUGUCCUCCCUGCUUCUUUUUCACGCGUUGUCGCCGUGCCGAGCCUUACGGAAUUACCCGGAGAAUGAAGUUACAUUGCUGGACUCCAUGUCAGCCUUGGCCGACCUGGGCUGGGAGGCUUAUCCUAAUGAGGGGUGGGAGGAGAUCAGUGUGAUGGAUGAGAGGAACACCCCGAUGAGGACCUAUCAGGUGUGUAACGUCAUGGAAGCCAAUCAAAACAACUGGCUGAGGACGCGCCACAUCAGCCGGGAAGGAGCUCAGCGCGUCUACAUUGAGAUCAAGUUCACCCUGAGAGACUGUAACAGCCUGCCCGGCGUUCCUGGCACCUGCAAAGAGACAUUCAACAUGUACUACUAUGAAUCCAACAAUGCCAAUCUGUGGUUCAUCAAAGAGAGCCAGUAUGUGAAGAUUGACACUAUUGCUGCAGAUGAAAGUUUUACACAGGUGGAUGUUGGUGAUCGUGUGAUGAAGCUGAACACGGAGGUGCGGGACAUCAGUAACCUGAGUAAAAAAGGUUUCUACCUGGCCUUCCAGGACCUGGGUGCCUGCAUCGCUCUGGUUUCAGUUAGGGUCUUCUACAAGAAGUGUCCGCUCACUGUGCUUAACUUGGCCCAGUUCCCCGACACAAUAACGGGUGGAGACACGGCGCUGGUCGAGGUCCAUGGUGUGUGUGUGAAUGCCUCCGAGGAGUUUGAAGCUCCCAAGAUGUACUGCAGUGCAGACGGAGGCUGGCUGGUUCCCAUCGGGAGGUGUGUGUGCAAACCGGGCUUCGAGGAAAACAAGGACGUCUGCCAACCAUGCAGACCUGGAACCUACAAAGCUUCGGCCACAGAUGCCUACUGCACCAAAUGUCCUCCUCACAGCUCGUCGCCGCAGGAGCAAGCCGUCGAGUGCAUUUGCGAGAAAGGUUUCCACCGCGCUGAGAGUGACCCACGCUCAAUGGCCUGCACACGUCCUCCAUCAGCUCCAGAGAACCCCAUCUCGACAGUGAACGAGACCUGUGUCACCUUAGAGUGGUCGCCACCCAGAGACACAGGAGGCAGAGGAGAUAUCACCUACAGCCUCCACUGCAGGAAGUGCUCUGGUGAUGGCAAGAAGUGCACACCAUGUGGGAGCAGCGUCCAUUUUGUUCCCAGACAGAUCGGUCUGUCAUCGGCCACCGUGUUGGUCACCGACCUGCAGCCCGACUCCAACUACAGCUUCACCAUAGAGAGCCAGAACGGAGUGUCGGACUUGAGUCCAACGCCAAGAGGAACGGUAGUCAUAAAUGUGACAACGUCGCAAACAGUGAGCGUUGUGUUGAAGGAAAGGCGGAGCAAGGACAGUGUGACUUUGGCCUGGCAGGGACCUGAGAGACCCAAUGGAGCGAUAGUGGAGUAUGAGGUCAUCUAUUAUGAGAAGAACCAGCGGGAGCAGAACUACACAGUGCUGAAGACUCGCUCCAACAUGAUGACAGUGGAUGGGCUGAAGCCUGGGACCACCUACGUGUUCAGGGUCAGGGCUCGAACCGACGGGGGCUAUGGGAGCUACGGUGGAGAGAUUGAACUGGAGACCAGCCACGAAGAUGUUCUGGCCAUCGGGGAUCCUAACCAGUCCACCAUUCUGGCUGUGUCCAUCGCUGGGGGAAUUGUUCUCCUCAUCUUCCUGGUGACCUGCUUCGUUGUCAGCGGAAGGCAUUGUGGAUAUAUCAAAGCCAAGCAGGACCCUGACGAAGAGAAGAUGCAAUUCCAACAUGGCCGAGUCAAGCUUCCAGGCAGCAGAACUUACAUCCAUCCUCACACGUACGAAGACCCCAACCAGGCCAUCAGAGACUUUGCCAAAGAGAUAGAUGCUUCCAAUAUUCGCAUAGAAAGAGUCAUUGGAGCUGGAGAGUUUGGGGAGGUGUGUAGUGGGCGACUUCGUGUGCAGGGGAAGAGGGAGAUCUACGUGGCCAUCAAGAGUCUGAAGGCCGGAUACUCGGACAAACAGAGGAGGGACUUUUUGUCUGAGGCCUCCAUCAUGGGCCAGUUCGACCACCCCAACAUCAUCAGGCUGGAGGGUGUCGUCACAAGAUGUAAGCCAGUGAUGAUCAUAACGGAGUUCAUGGAAAACGGAUCUCUGGACACUUUCCUCAAGAAACACGACGGCCAGUUUACAGUGAUCCAGCUGGUCGGCAUGCUGCGAGGCAUCGCCUCAGGUAUGAAGUACCUGUCAGACAUGAGCUACAUUCACCGAGACCUGGCAGCACGAAACAUCCUGGUCAACAGCAACCUGGUGUGCAAAGUGUCUGACUUUGGCCUGAGUCGAGUUCUGGAGGACGAUCCAGAGGCCGCCUACACUACAAGGGGCGGAAAGAUCCCCAUCAGAUGGACGGCUCCAGAGGCCAUAGCCUACAGGAAGUUCACUUCAGCCAGCGAUGUGUGGAGUUACGGUAUCGUCAUGUGGGAGGUGAUUUCAUACGGAGAGAGACCCUAUUGGGAGAUGUCCAACCAGGAUGUGAUCAAAGCAAUAGAUGAGGGCUACCGUCUCCCUGCUCCCAUGGAUUGUCCUGUGGUGUUGCACCAGCUCAUGUUGGAUUGCUGGGAGAAGGGGCGCAGCGACAGGCCAAAGUUUGGACAGAUUGUCACAAUCCUGGACAAACUCAUCAGGAACCCAGCCAGUCUCAGAGAGCUGGCCAACAGCUCAGGAUGCAGGGAGGACCCGUCCACCCCAGAGUUCAGCGUGAGCACGGUGGAUGAGUGGUUGGAGGCCAUCAAGAUGGGCCACUAUAAGGAGAACUUUUCCAGUGCUGGAUAUGUCAGCUUGGACUCUAUCCUUUACAUCAGUGUCAGUGAACUAGCUAAGAUGGGUGUGACCCUGGCUGGCCACCAGAAGAAGAUUUUGUCCAGUGUGCAAAGCCUGCAGACCCAAGGGACGCACGUCCAAGUAUAACAGUUUCCACAUAAACACAGACAGAGUCAAACUGGAUGCUCCUGUGAAGAGUUUCCACACUGACAUGGAGCUGUAAUGGAUACUCUGUGCUUGGGCCUCCAUUGAUUAUGAGACACACUGAGAUGGAGCCAACAUGGACGCUUGACUCCUUCACCUUCUCGCAGUUUCCCCCAUUCUUCCCAUCCUGGAUGGGCACUACUGGCUUUAGCACUCAGAGUCCCAGCAACACGAUCACCAUUAUGGAGCAACAGAGAGACACAUUUCCAACAACAAGGCCACACUUAGAGCAUCCCAGACUAUUUCACAUCAUAUCAGUUCAACAAAACAAGAAAAAAACUUUUAACAAAAGAAAUGACAAAAAAACAAAUUAGAAUAUAAUAUCAUCACUGUCUGUGAGGUGUACAGUUGGUUUUUACUGUCAUUUUGUUUGUUUUGACUUUUCACCUUGAAGAGUUUAAAAAGGCUCAGAAGAUAUGUAUGUGUAGAUAUGUGUAGAUAUAUGUUUAUACGGGCUGUGUGUCCCACAACCGUAGAGAUGGACCUAAUGUUUGUAUUGGUGGUGAGGUUUAUGUUGCUCAAACUUAACAGGAGUUAUUGCCCAGUACAUACAGUAUAUGGCCCCUUACAUUGCUCUCUGUACACAGAAAGCCAAUGAAUGAGCCGAGAUUCUGAAUGACAUGAAUGUGUGGGGAGAGGGCAUCGGAUAAACUGUACCUUUAAAGAUAGAGAGGGAUGUAGAUUUUGCUAGCUCGUUUAGGAUGGAAGUGUGAUUUGCUUAAAUAGCGUAUUUGACCUGGACAAGGGCUUCCUUAGUGACUGCUCUCAGAUACUUCCAUAGCAACUAGACCCAGUGCACCAGCCUGUGUGCACUUAAAUUGCAAUUGACUGCAAAGAAAUGGCAGAAAUUGCUUCGGGUGCAGUUAGCACAGAGAAAAUUUUACUCUUCCACUGUUUUUUUCCAAACAACAUUGUCUGUUACAGGUGAUACAGCAUGAUGUUGUCAGGAAUAUCUCAGCCCAAAAGUUUGCCUUCCCGUGUUUCAGGUGUGUUUAGAAAGUUAUAGUGUUUUAUGUAGAGCAAAAGUGACACAAAGGUCAGGAUAGAGUUGACACUGUUAAGAACAUAUAACUUGUUUUUCCAGUGUUGUGCCAUGUACAGUAACCUUGAGAUGUCCAUCUAGCCAACAUACCACCAUUCCAGCUGUAUGCUUUCCUUUCAUCAGUUCCCAUGGCUGGAUGGUUACACAAGGCCAGUCACAUAAUUAGUGUUCUGUGUUUUCCAAAUAGUCUGCUCGAUGAAAAGGAGCAUUGGAAUGGAGUCUUUUUCAGCAAGAUGAAAUAUACACAGUGUUGAUUUUCAGAUGUGCCACCACAAGAGGGAAAAUUUUACUUGAUUUGUAUGUCUGGUAGUGUCUCACUUUCUUGUUAUCAGUCAUGCCAACCUAUUUCGAGCAUCUCUUGUUUCAAACCAAUAACACAAAUUGACAAAACAAUGUUUACAGCAAGAAGCAAAUACAUGUGUGUUUUGGUUUUCCCUUAACAGAAGGAAACUGCUGCUUAUCACAUUAAAAACACAGUUAAAUAUGAAGGGACCCUCAUUGUGUACACUGUAUUAAUGGCACUGAACCUGCUUUUAGUGUAUUCCCAAAACCAAUUUUAAUAUAUGUGGUACUCUAUAGGACCAACAGUGGCAUAAAGUACAGUAUAUAUGAUUGUAUCAUAGUGUAAAAUAUGUACAGUGUUAAUUUCCAAUGUUAGAAUGUUUGUAAUGAUAACAAUGAUGAUGACUAUGAUGUACUUUUAUUGUGAAAAAGAGAUUUCUGAAGUACUAGUUCAGGGUCGGGUCAUACAGGAGAAAAGUGAAAGGAGGUGAUUCGUUGGUCUGAACAAAGGAAUGUAGCAUGGUGCAAAGCUUCAGCUUUGAUUGACAGGUGACAGUGACUGCAGUUUCUACUAUAGCGUUAGAAUGAGUAGAAUGGACUUUCGUUAUUGAUACAAUGGCUUCAUGUGCAUAUCUACCUUAAAACAGUAAUUACAUGCACUUUUUAACCCUGUCUCUGCUUACAACACAGUUUUUUAAAAAUGCUUGUUCGGAAGAGGGAGGGAGGAGGAAUAAAAUAAGGGAAAACUAAUUUCUACUUGAUAUCAGAAAAUGAACACUGGCUAAAGCUUAGCUUAGCAAAGGAGACCUAGGCUCAGCAGAUUGGCAUAUCUCCGCAUGCUGAAGUGGUGUGCGUAGAGUAAAAGUGAGAGCAUUUAAAAUGGUUAUAGGAUGGUGUUAUUUUUCCACCUUACCGAAACCAAAACACUAGCCCAAAUGUGUAAGGAAUGGAUUACACGGCAUCCUUAUCUGCUAUUGUAAGCUCCAACUGUUGGCAUGUUGAAGUGUUACUUCCAAGGUCAAGCAUGUCAUUUACUAACUAGCUUAGAGUAGUUUCUUUGGCUACAGAUUAUGUCCAAACCAGUACAUGAAAACAACAAAACAUUAAACAAGUCACCUGGAAACAUCAAAAACUCAGCCUGAAAACACAAUUUUUAGCUAAUUAAUUAGGCCAAUGUUAGUCUAAAUAAUUGUCUAUCAACAGCGGACAAAAUCUGCCUAUAUUAUAGUAAUUUAAGCCAGUAUUUUGCUAGCUUGAAAUAAAAAUUCUAGCUCUGUCAGGCAUCUAGGACUCACUGUUAUAUAAUUUUUCGAGAUAAAUCUGUCAUGAUACUUACCAAUGUGAACCAUAUGUACACUACCGGUCAAAAGAUGUAGAACACCCCAAUUUUUCCAUUUUUUUUAAAAUUGGAAAUUAUGCAUGUUCAUGUCUAAUUGUCCUCUGACAUGAAAGCAUGGAACAAAUAAACAAAUUAAGUUAAAAAAAUUAUUUAGAAACCAAAAUGUAUUCUAAACUUUUGACUCAUCAAAGUAGCCACCUUUAGCAGAUAUAACAGCUGAACACACUCGUGGCAUUCUUUCCACAGUGGAAAUCGGAUAUUCUUCAGAAGGUUCUUCCCAACUCUGCUGCAGAAGUUCCCAUAAAUGUGCGGCACUUGUAGGUUGCUUUGCUUUCACUCUUCUGUUCUGGGUGUUAUAGGUAAUCAAGAAAAACUGGGACACCUGUAGGAUUUGGUAGCACCAACUUUCAAGGCUUGAUCAACCUUGAUUGCUGCAGAGCAGCUUUAUGUUGUUAAUCCAUUUCUUGUUCCCUGAAAAAGGCCUUUUCGCAUAAUUCUGAAAUGUACAUUAUUUUUCAGCUUUGGGUAAACUUACCUUUUUUUUUUAACCUCUGGCAGUUCACCACUUACCUUUGUACCAUUUCAAGCUAUUCACUGGACUUGAACUACUUGAAUUUCAAUGAAAAACUGGGGUGCACUGAAGCUUUUGACCGGUAGUGUAUAUGGCAUAACAUGUGCCAUGCUACCAUGAAAAUCUUGACAGGCAUAGCAACAGCUACCAAUGGGCGGGGCUUAAUCUACUAAUUGGGGUGAAGCCAAAGACGCUAGCAGAAUGAAAAUUUUAAUCUCAAUAACGUCUAUAUAAUAUAAUCGAAAGAAUAAUUACUCCUUGGCAAGCCAGUUUGCUUUUUUGCCACAUAAGCCACAGAUAAAAAAAUACAAAUUCGUUGAGUCUGAAAUUGUUCAUUCUACUCUUGCUAACUCUAUGAUUUCACUCUAGCGGACUACCCAUGACCGCUGGCCUUUUUGAUGCCUUAUUUACUGAGCUAUUGUUCUUUUCUGUUGCCCUACACAGGCGAAAUUAAGAGUAAAGUGUAUAUACAGGUAGUAUUUAUCUGUGUUCUUAAGGUGACCUCACAUCAACACCCUGAUUUUGUCACAUCCCCUCCAACAGUACCGCCACUUUAACUCCUUUAAGCAGAAGAAAGUCAUUCUGCUCUACUAAAAAUAUCAUUUUAAAUUGUAAAUCCAAUGACCUGUAAAAGUAGAUGGUAAACAUGACAGUAUGGUUAUUUAUUUGCAAAUUAGGGAUGUGAUUGGCUUACAAUUUGAUCAUUUUGGUUGCAUAAUUCGCUAUGUAAAAUUUUUCAGAAAUUUAAAGGUUAGACCAGCAUUGUGUACUGCCUGAAUAAUAAUGGUGAACUGUGACAAAUGUCCUUCUUUUUAUCUAUUCAUCACUCCCACUUCAGAAAGUUAUGUCAUACCUCUACUUUCAAUUCUUAAAUCCCAGAUUUCUGUCACUUUUCACCUUGUCAAGGUUAGCUAUGUGGGCUGGUUUGCUUGAUCUCAUAUACAGUGUUUGUUUCCAUUCCCCACCAGGUCCGUAUUGUAAAUGUUCAUGGGAGAUUCUCAUAUGAGACUUUCAGCUCUCUGUCUCUCUUUGUCCUCCACUCUCUCUCUCUCUCUCUUUCUUUAGCCACCAUACAAUGCUUAUUUGUCCCCAUGCCAGUUUCCUCUGCGUUGCUUGUUGUAAAGGGUGUAGGCAAUUCUAAUGUCUUUCAUGUUGCUGUAAUAAAUAUGCUAAUAUUUCUAAUUUCUCA